UGUUGUGGGGUGGGAUGUUUCUGUAGCACCAGGAGUCUCAGCGUAUCACCCUCCUAAAAAGGGGGGGAUUGGUGGGGUGAGGAGUGCCGGUGGGCUCAGGGCUUGAGGGAGCUGUGCCCCGGGAGAUGCGCUGAGUGAGCAGAAGAGGCCUCAGGAAGGUCUCCUGAGAACCCCCAGCAGUAGGUUUGGGUGCCUGUCAGGAGGGAGGAUGAAGGAAACCUGCCGAAUCUGUGCCCGGGAGCUGUGCGGCAACCAGCGGAGAUGGAUCUUCCACACAGCGGCCAAGCUGAACCUCCAGGUGCUGCUCUCCCACGUCCUGGGCAGGGAGCUGUGCCGGGAUGGCAAAUCCGAGUUUGCUUGCAGCAAGUGUGCCUUCAUGCUGGACCGCAUCUACAGGUUCGACACCGUCAUUGCACGCAUCGAAGCCCUCUCCAUCGAGCGCCUGCAGAAGCUGCUGCUGGAGAAAGACCGCCUCAAGUUCUGCAUUGCAAGCAUGUACCGCAGGAACAACGAAGACUCUAGCACAGAUGACAGAGCUGGGGAUGGGACUGUGGACCUUUCUAAUCUGCCUGAUGUACGGUAUGCUGCCCUUCUUCAGGAGGACUUUGCUUAUUCUGGGUAUGAAUAUUGGACGGAUCAAGAAGAUCACAGCUUGGAGGCACACAGCUGCCAUGCUUCAGAGGGAGCAAGUAACCGCCCGCGGCGCUGCCGUGGCUGUGCUGCGCUGCGGGUGGCCGAUGCUGACUACGAAGCGAUUUGCAAAGUGCCGCGAAAGGUGGCCAGAAGCAUCUCCUGUGGGCUGUCCAGCCGGUGGUCGGCCAGCAUGGGCAACGAGGAGUCGUCCGUGUGCGACGCAGCAGAGUCUGCCAGCGCCAGAGGGCCUGUGGAUGGGGAAAGCAUGGAGGAAGGCACACCUGCGUCUUCUGUUGAGUCCCUGGACACGACUGUGGAGGCGAGCCCUCCGCAGCAGAAGGAUGAAGAUGCAGAUAAGGGGGUGAAAGGGAAUGGCAAAUGUGAUGAUUUCUUAGAUGACCGCAUGACCCCAAACUCUUCACUGAGUGGGAACAGGCUGGAGCUGGCCCUCAGCUUGAUCAAGGCUUUGGACUACAAACCCCUUCAGAGCCCCCGAGGCAGCAGGCUACCUAUUCCUGUGAAGUCCAGCUUGCCCCCUCCCAAGCUCAGCCGUGACUUGGCAGAUGGCAGCGCUUCUGCUGGCUUAGUGUGUGCUGGUUCUGCCUUCCUGAAUGCAGACAGAAAAUCCUUUUCCAGAGCUCCUUUGGGUAUUUCCCUGGAAAUUUCUGAACUGCAGGAGCUGUGGGAUGACCUCUGUGAGGAUUAUAUGCCGCUGCGGGUACAGAAUCUGCAGGAUGAACAUCAGCAGCCAGCUCCAGGUGACCCUGCAGUGGGGGAGCACGUGUCCGAUCUGUGUGCUGCAGAGCUGCAGGGCAAAAUCCAGCAAUUUGAAGCUGCAAACAAGUUGUUACAGGAAAAGCUGGAUGAAUUGAAUUUUGAAUUAAAAUCUGUCCAAGAAAUGUCACAGAGGCAAGAUCGUACAAUCCAGAGUCUGAAUGAGGCCCUGAAGAGCAAAGAGAGUAAGACAGAAGAGCUGUACCAUAUCAUCGAAGGGCAGAAUGAGACAAUGGCCAAGCUGCGGGACAUGUUACACAGAAGCCACCUGGGACAGUUGCAGAUGUCAGAGAGCCCACUCUCAUCCCAGGAGCAGCAAAUGUCGCUGCUAGACCUUCAGAACGUGCUUUUCUGCACCAAGCUGGAGGUGCGGAAACUGAAAAGAGCUCAGCGCCAGAAAGAGCAUCAACUUGCUGAAGCCAGGAGAGCAACCCAACUCCUAGAGACCAUGGUGCAUGAGGAAGAGCAGCAGAAAGAGGCAACCUGGAAACACAACCAGGAGCUGCGUGCUGUGGUACAGCAGCUGCAGGCAGAGCUGCAGGACAAGGCUCAGCAGCUCCAGACUGUGGAGUGGGAGAAAUGCUGUGAGCUGCAGGCCCAGGAGCAGAGAAUUCAGUGUUUGAGUCAGCAUUUGGCUCGCAAGGAACAGCUUCUGCAGGAAACGAGGGAGCUUCUGCAAUGCCAGCAAAGCUUGGACAAGAGCCCUGCAGCCAUGAAUGCCAUGUUGGAGAAACUGCAGCAGCGAGUCAGCGACAGGGAUGCUGCCCUGGAGCGAGCAGUAGAUGAGAAGUUCUGUGCCCUGGAGAAGAAGGAGCAAGAGCUGCAACAGCUCCAUCUCUCAAUAAGGGAGCGUGGAAGUGACCUGGAGAGACUGCGCAAUGUACUAUCCAGCAACGAGGCCACCAUUCAUAGCCUGGAGAGCCUCCUGAAAGCCAAAACGCUGGAACUAGAGCAGGUGUCGGCAACCUGCCAAAACCUCCGUUGGCUCAAGGAGGAGAUCGAGGCCAAAUCCUGCAGCAGACAGAAGGAGCAGGAGGGGAUCAUCCAGCAGCUGCAGACUUGUCUGCAUGACAGGAACAAGGAAGUGGAGGAGCUUACAGCAACUCUGCUGUGCAAGCUGGGCCCAGGGCAGAGUGAGGUAGCAGAGGAGCUGUGUCUGCGUCUCCAGCAAAAGGAGAAAAUGCUGCAGGAUCUCCUCAGUGACAGGAACCAUCAGACCAUGGAGCAUGAUGCUGAAAUCCGGGAGCUGCUGCAGGCUGUGAGCACCAAGGAGCAGCAGAGCAGAACGGCUGCUGAGAAGAUGGCGCAUGCUUUGGCUGAAAGGAGCUGUGAGUUACAACUGCUACGCCAACAUCUGUUGGGGAAGGAGCCUCUUGUGACCAAGUUGGCUGGUGCCAGGCUGUUGAAGAAGGACAAACAGCCCAUACAAGAAAUACUGCAAAGACCUUGUGGAGCUACAGCCAUUGCCGGACCUCCACAGGGGGACAGCAGCUGCAGGACAGAGGGAGUUAUGACAUCAGCGGCAGAACUGGAGAAGGAUCUUGUUAAUGCCAAAGAGGAGCUGGAACUAAUGGCAAAGAAAGAAAGGGAAAGCAGGCGGGAGCUUACUGCUCUCCAGUCUGUCAUGGCCACGCAGGAGGAAGAGCUGCAGGUGCAGGCCUCGGAUAUAGAGUCCUUAACCAGGACCAUCCAGAUCAAAGAGGACCUCAUCAAGGAUCUGCAGAUGCAGCUGGUGGAUCCUGAAGAAAUUCCAGCCAUAGAAAGGUUGACACAAGAAGUGCUGGUGCUUCGGGAGAAAGUGGCCAUAGCAGAGUCACAAGGACAAGAGGCUACUGGAAACAGAAGGCAGCAGUUGUUACUGAUGCUGGAAGGGCUGGUGGCAGAAAGGAAUCGGUUAAAUGAGGCUCUCCAGGCAGAGAGGCAGCUCUAUGGCAGCCUGGUAAAGUUUCACACGCACCCAGACAGCACUGCGAGAGACCACACUCUGCAGGUGGAGCUGGAGGGGGUCCAGGAGCUCCGGGAACAGCUGGAAGAAGCUCUUGGAAGAAGCUUGGAGCGUUUAAGCAGGCUGGAGAUGCAGGGCGCCAUAGGAGGUGGGGAACAGGAGCGUGUGAGAGUCCUACCCCAGCAUGCCUUCUGAGCACUGACGCUCGCCCGCCUGCCACGGAAGCGGUUCACUAACCAAGCGAGCCUGUCUCACUGACUCUGGGAGGGUUGCUUUGGUACUUAGUAAUGGUACGAUAGAACUGGUGCAGGGCUUUUUUUGUUGUUUUAUUUUUGAGCUGCUUGGAAAUGGUGAUCAGUGCAAUC